AUGCUCAUACCAUUGUUCCUUCACCUCAAUACCAAACUCUUUGCAGAUCUUCCAUUGCACCUGUGGAGCUGCCUUGUAGUGGCAGUGGAUGUAUUCAGUUUUAGCCAGCUCAGGGCAGCCAGAGACCAGAUGGUCAAUGGUCUCGUCGAAACGGCCACAAAGUCUGCAUUUUGGGUCCAUGUCAGGCUUCUUGAGGAUGUUGUGAUGGUGUCAGCAUGUGGGGAGGCUUUAGUCUUGGGCUUAUUAUUAUUAUUAUUAUCAUUAUUAUUUAUUAUUAUUAUUAUUAUUAUUUCCUUUCCAUGGUAAUCCACAUGGCUGCUUAAGUUCACUCACAGCAUUACCAAGCAAAACAAUAAUUCAUGAUAUGCAACAUCUUAGUUUGAAAAUCCAACGAUUUGGUGGAAAACACGCAACGAAAACAGCAUCUGCAGGUGCCCAUAGAAAGGCUCACAGUCCACAAGUAUCAUACACUACUUUUUCAGUCCUAAGUCAUGAGAAAAAGUUCUUUCAUAUCUAUGCAAAUCAAGGAAAUGUGGUCCCCCAGUCAAGAGUUCAACAUUUCUUCUUUGAUGGAGACCCAUCAUAGUUAAAUUAAUGCAGUGAAAAGUUUGUAAUAACUCUCUAAAAUUGAUGAAAACAAGAACUUCAUAAGUCAAGAAAUUAAGUGAAGGAAAAAUGGCCAUUAUUGUAUCGAAGAGUUACAAUAAUUACUUCAGCAUACCUGUUUUUCCUGUCGUGUUUUACAUAGAAAUAAUUAUUCGCAAGCAAAUCAUGAUUUUGCAAAAGUGGAAGAGGAGAACCUCAAAAGCAACACUAACAACAAAAAAAGAUUAGAAAGGCAAUUUCAGUGUUCAAUCUGCGACAAAACUCCUGGUUACAAGAUGCAGACAUGUCUGCAACAAACGUUUACGUCACUAUUUUAUUAUGUCACUUAAAUCAUAUUGAUCAGCAGAAUCUCUUAGCCAAUGUUGCAUUUUGAUGGUUUUUAGGCUUAAAUAAUUAUCUUACGAAUUAACCAGUAUUAUACAUUUUUAUUAUGCUGAGCCCUGGGGCUUUGAUAUUGAUUAUUUUCUUCCACUUGCUAAUGAGCCAUUAUGCUGAACUAGGGGGUACAAUGUGAAGAUUAACUGAACUGGAGAGCAGGCAUCUGGAUCAAAAAUCCAGAGUUUAUCAAUUUUAUCAGAUAACAGGCUUGCCUAUUCUUUUAGGCUAAAACUCAACAAGUUUAAUCACAUCUUUUCAACCCAUCUACAAGUAUCAAUACAAUUCUGCAUUCCUUCCGUGCUUCAUACACAUGUGCAGCAAACUUAGUUUGGCUAAUUCAAAAAAAGUGAUAAAAUCCAGCAUCAAUACUGGUUAAAUAAUUACAAGUUAAAGACUAUAAUUUUGGCGAAAAGGUAGACUGAUUCUGUUAUUGACAUUCUGUUAUUCUUUUAUUCUGUUUGAACUAUAACCAAGCAAAUGCAGUCGCACAAAUAUGGAACCAAUAUUGUGACCAGCAUAGAGUUUUUACUUGCGGUGUAUUAUCCCAACAAAUAUUAAUAUUUUUUUCCAAUGUUUUGUAAAAGUGAGUUACGUUUAAGUUCAGUCUUUAGGUUGUUUGGCAGGCUAGGUGUUAAUUCAUACACACAAUAAAGACGUGAAAUAUUGUUAAUUAUGUAAACAAUAAACAGUCUGUACCAAUACAGCACUGAAGCAUCAGCAUUCGUACGUGAUGAUUGAGUUCUAUCUUUUGAAAUCACAGUUCCCCACAUUCUGUAUUUUUUGUUUGUUUUGUAGGGCAAGGCUAUGAUAGAGAAGCAAACUACACUACAGCGUCCUGUGUGCGUCCCGGCACCUGGUCCUUCACAGGGACUAUGCCAUCUAUUGAGACUGGAAUGGCAAUGGUAUGAUUGAAGUGAUGACUGUAAAUUGCCGGAUUAGAGAUGAAAAUAGAGAAUCUCAUACAUUAAAGAAUUGGCAUUGCCAUUUGAUUGCCUAAGACUGGCUAUUUUGUCUCAAUGAAACCAGUAAAUCUGUAUCGUUUGAGUGCUGUGAAUUAAAUUUGUAAAUACUCUUUAAUUUUGCUUGGUAAAGGGGCUAGUAUCCAAUAUGCUAAUUUACUGACACAAAUAUAUGUAAUAUGUUACAGGUCAAAGUUUGAUUUCAGAUGAAUUUUGAUUUAAGCUAGGUUGAUUCUCAAUUUCCUUUGUCUCCUAUCCCUCCAGGAGACAAAGGAAAUGAUAAUUAUUUUACCUGAAAUCAAAUUUAACCUGUAACAUUUUAAAACUGUAUACAAGACUUACCCUACUUUCUUGAAAGCUUAAUUAAGAGUAGAACGAUCUCAGUAGACCAUAUUACAUCCUGUAUGGUUAUAGGCUUAGGAUCCAAGCCCCUGAGUAAACAAGAGGCUAGGGUUGACCUUGUUUCCACACAAAGCUCCUUCCUUUUCUUAUGGAACUUAUGCUUAAAAAAUACUCAGUGAUAAAAUGACAAGAAGAGCUAAGUUUCACACCUAAGCUUCAUCAAGAAUAAUCAGGGAUUAUGAGGAAAAAUUAACCCUGUUUCAAAGUCAAACUGAAGAAAAAUAUACCCCUUUUCCAGAGAUAAAGGGUAAUUUUGAUACCCUUUUUCAGAAACAGAGAGGCAAGAAACCUACAUAAUUGAGCGGCACAUGCCCAUAUAACUCAUAUGUAGGAGUGGCCACCCGCCCCCCCCGCUCUUGCCUCGGCACUGCUACAUUAUACACUUUCUAUACACUUUCUAAUUUAAUUGCUUCAUGUUAUUAUGCUCAUGAAAUGUAGGAAAACUUCAGUGAUAAUACAUGAAGUCUCAUUUAAUGUAGCACGUUCUUCAUUCCGCCAGUGAACAGGUCAAGAGCCCAUCUUUAUAAUCCAUUUCUUUUGUCUUCACCAACAGAAAGAGCAAAAUCAAUUUUUUGAUUUUAUUGGAAAAUUGCAGGUGAGAUAUUUUUAUUCUUAAAUCAGCAACUUUCCUCUGCAGAUGAGAGCAAAUAAUAUUAUGUUAUGUUGUAACAAAGAUUUUUUUAUAAAUAAGAUUCCAGGGCAAUAACUAGAAAAAAACUAAGUGAUGAUGUUUAUUGUUUUUCUGAGAAGCAUUGAUCAAGCAUUGGUCAGCGAUUUUGAAUAAUGAAUAAAACAGGACAGGUUCUAACAGUGUGAUUUUUUUUUUCAGUCAAAUCGUAUUGAUGAACAGAGGGCUGAAUUGCCUCUAUCAUUAAGAAAUUCUGCGUAUAUACCACCACUUGUCAUUGGAAAAACAGAAAAUAGCAAGGAUACAGAAGAGGCCAGCGUACAUGUAAGUAGUAAUGCUGAGCACAGUGGAACCUGAAUAUAACAAACCUCUACAUAAUAAAGUCUUUGGUGUAACUAAUGAUAUCCUUUGCACCAGUCCUUUGACCCUUCUUUAUAACGAGGUUCCACUGAAAUUUAUUAUUGUAUGUCAUAUUUCAAACAAUGUUUACUUUCAUUUGCAGAUUGCCUUUUGAUAACAAAUUUUUUGUAUUAUGCAAACCAUUGGUGUCUUUUAAUAGUCUUUUAUGAUAUGUAUAUUAAUUAGCUCAAGUAACCAUGACGGGAAAAGCAAUGGAAACAAUGUCUCCUCAGAAAUGAAGAAUAUGCACUAUUUCAAACUUCACUACCAUUAUUCCAACUCUUUCAUUUUCUUAAAAAAAUGUGAUAAUAAUGUACAAUAAUAUUUUAUUUUUCUGCAAUUUAGAGUGAUAAUUCAAGAGACGAAGACGUGACUGAUCUAGAAUACGAAGAGGAAGAAAUGAGGGACCUUGAUCCUGUCAAAGAGGUAUUCAUUAUGAUAAAUAGUAAACUCGUGGCAAAUCUUAGGUUAAUCAUGGCAUUUUUAAAAAGUGCCCAUUCCCUAAUCAAUUUGCAACCUGUGUUUGUAAUCCGUAACAAUUUUAAUAGUUAGUGUUUAUGGUCUUCUUUAUGUUAAAGUGUGAUGAACUUAAUUAUUUUAUGUCAUUUUAUUAGUUUGACCUAUUACAUAAUACAUAAAAACAAAUAAUAAUCAAUACAUGUACUUAAUUAGGCAGGGAUGCCACAACAGCAGUAAGCCAGUUACAGUAUACACUCCAUUUUCUGUAUAUUCACCUCUUUCACACUAUUGUCAGAGCACUGGGGACUGCCAAUAGUGUAACGGUGCUUUCCAAAAUUCAGGGUUAGGGUUAGAUCAGUUUUUUUUUACUUUAACUCAUCACUUCUGUGCGUAACAUUUAAGAAUAAACUGAUAUGGUUGGAUAAUCCCGAUUAAAAGUGGAAUCCCCCUCAUGCCUUAACUGGUCUGGCAAGGCCAUUCUGACGUAAUGGUAAGCGCACCCUAAGUAUUCUUCAGCUUGACACAGAUUUAUCUUUGCUAUAAUCUCAGGUGUUAGCUGCAGGAGGUCCCUAUCCACUUGUCGUUCUCCCCGUUGGAGGUGAAUACUGGCUUGAAGGAAGCAAUCAUCAUGUGGUUACCAGCUUUGAUUUGAAAUCAGUUGACUGCAAGAUAGAGACAAAUGACAUACUGCAAAGCUACAGGCGAGAUUUCAUAGGAAAGGUGUGAACAGUCUACCCGCCGCUAAUCAUAGUGCUUAGGCUGUCACCAUUCUUAAACCAUCGGUAUUAUCGUUAUCAUUAGGAUGCCGUUCAUCAUCAGUUAGAAGAUACUGUAAUCCUCAUAAUCAUAUAACAAAAUCCUCAAAUCUGAUUGGCUAUCAACUGUCCUCAUUUCAGCACAAAUAAGACAGUAUAAUAGGACAGUACAAAUGUCAUGUCUAGUAAAAUCAGUACGCGCUAUCGCGCGUGCACUUGAAUCGGUUUUUUCACUUUUAGUGAAAAACCUCUUGGAAUAUCCUGUGUUUUAAUUUUGGAAAAACUUAAAAUAUCACUAAAUUUGUUAUAGGUUUAUGAUUGGCAACAGAACUUUGUGUCAUCCAAUAAGGUCUAUAAUUAUAAUAGGGAUUAAACACAUUGGACUCUCCCUAUGCGGUCGUCUAAUUUUGUUAAUCACUUGUAUGAUUACAGACCAAAUUGGACUCCACUCAGUUCUACAUGUUUUACAAUGUACCAUUAUUAAAAGACAUUUAUCUCAAUAGAGAAGAGAAUUGAUGACAUCAUGAAAACUAAAUUUGAAAUUAUGAGGUUGGUUAGCAUAUCCAGAAAGAGUAAGAUGAAAAAUUUCCACUUGCUGAAAAUCAGCAAGAUUUAAGCACUAAUAUGCUCUGAUGACUCCACAUAAAUCCUUCUAAAUUUUAAUAGGCCCGGAUUGCAAACAUUACAAAUUCUCCAUAAUGAUCUCCACUCUUUUCCCUGAAGAAUUAGUAGAGGUUAUAAAAAUAAGAUCAAAGCAUUAAUUUUUCUCUUUAAGGAUCAUAUUAUUGAUUCUCCUAACCUUUCUAUUUGAUUGUGUACUGAUAUAUUUAGGAGAAAAUUGAUGUUGGUCAUUAACUUAGGGCUUAAUGAGAUAAUAUAAGGAGAAUAGUUACAGAAAGAUGACUGAAAAAUGGAGAGGAAGGGACCAACAACAGGAAAAAGUUGAUUGUAUUCUCAUGAACAUGUUUAUGUUGCAGGAACAUUUGAACUUUAUUUGCGAUGAUGAAAAGCUUGGUCCAGUGAUUCUGUCCGUGAAACAGGAAAUCGAGAAGCUGGAUGGCUGUGAUACACAAGGAUUUAUCAGAGUUAUUCUAAGGUACUGUUUAGACUGGCUUUCCUUCUUUAGGCUAUAAACAUGCAUGGUUGAUACAUGUGCAGACUGCAGUAGAUUGUGAUGCAAAUGACAAAGUUUGGUGGUAUACUUGCCAGUAUGUGCUUCAGACAUUGAUAUAACUAAGCUACAAAAAAAAUUAUUAUACCAGUCAAUGUUAACUUACUAGUUGGGUUUUAUCAAUUUUUGUUAAAUAAAUAAUUACAUUUUCUUCACUAUUAAUUUGAUAAUUUUUUUGUCAUUUUUAUCUCAUUCUUUUGUAUCAGAACUACAGAAAAGACAAUUGCAGACUCACUACCCAUAGAAAAUCUAUCAGAGAAUCCAGGACCAAGAGAAAUUAUCAAGGUAUAUAAUGCUGUUUUCAAAAUACCAACUGUUUUGGUCUUGAUGUAAAUGUAAAGUUCUAUAAUUAUUGUCCAGGUACUGUAAGGCUUAACCAGCCUUGUAAGACUUGCCAGCAUGGGUUUUGUUUGCCUUAUGUAAAUAGCAAUACUUUGCACCCAGAAAUAUAUCUUACCCUUGGUUUUACUGUCCUUUUCUCUCUCUUUUAACCUUUUAGAACCUUCCAGUGUGUUUGAGUCUCUGUAUGGGUACCUGUAGAUGUCCUUUUUAUUGUGCAUUUUCCACUAUAUAAAUCCUCAAGUUUUCCAAAAAAGUUGUUCCAUAAUAUUAAGAAUUGUUUCACAUGGUAACGCUACUAGUGAGCUAAAGCAACUGCGAUGGCGACAAAGGAAAGGAGAAAAUAAAAAAGCCACAGGUUUUAUAAGCAACACAAAAAUUCUGAACGUACAUGUACAGCACAGCACACUUUUUAGCAGAUUUAUUUGCCAUCAUCACACAACUAAUGUUGUGAAACUUGAUCAGAAUGGCAAUGCAAUCAUCAUUUUAAUCUCUAAAAUCAAUUUGCUUCAGUUUCCUCUUAAGUACCCAUAGAGAGUCUCAUGAUUUUCUUUUGAUUUUAACUAAAUGAAUAAGACUUACAUGGUAGUACACCCAUCAGUGUGGUUCUUUCUCUACCAUACAUUUCAAUUUGAUGAAAUGUACCUGGUAUGUUGGUUUUUGGGGAAAAGGGGUUAGCCAGAGCACUUGGAGAAAAACUUCAUGGUGCAGGGAAGAGAAUCAACAACAAACCCAAGCCAAAUACAUGUACUUCCAUAAUGGCUUUGAUGGGGGAAUAGAAACUCAUGCCACUUUGGUAGGAGUGGAGCACUGUUAUUCCUGCAAAAUGCUUGCACACUCCCCCAAAGAAUUCUCCUUCUAACUUGCUUCUCAUUUUUUUCCCUUGACGAGAAAACCAGUUUAACCAAAUUGAAAAGACCUACCGUAUUGAGGAUGUACUGUGCUCAACUUGCCGCUAUUCUAUUCAUUGUCACUGUUUUUCAUAGUCCUACUACAACCACUAUUACGUCUUUUAAUUUAUAUUUAUGUAUAUACGAAUACAUGUUCAUUUAUAGUACAUAUUUUGCCCCUAUUCGUCGAUUUAUAUAAUAUUCAUUAUGUGUUUAUAGCCUAUACUACUUUAAAUAUUGUCUCUUUUGUAUAUAUAUAUAUAUAUAUAUUUAUAAAUUUAUUUGUUUUUAGUUUUCUAAAUUUAUUUAUCUAUUUAUUUAUUUUUUGAGGGCCGUAGGUUAGAAAACUGUAAUAGGUUAUUGCGCUUCCCUCUUUAAAUAAAGUUAUUGUAUUGUAUUGUAUGGAGGGUUAUGCAUUUUGUUUUGCAAUUGAAAGGAUGUUGUUUGAUUUUCUUUGUUUUAAGUAUCUUCUGGGAGAAGAUGGAGAAAAUGUGGACCAGUUCCAAGUUUUGGCACACCCUAAGGUACAUACAUGUGUUGUGAAACAGAGAAAAAUUUGAUACAUGUGUUGUGAAACAGAGAAAAAUUUGAUUCCAUUAAAACUUUCAGUAUAUUCUCAAUAAAAUGCAGGUCUUUGUAAGCAUUAAAAUAGGCAGUUCAAGGUAGUUAUGGUGUUAAUUGUUCCUUAUUUCAAAACAAAAGUCUUGUCAUAUCAAUGUUAUGAUAACAAAGUAAACCUGAUGUGCCCAUGAGAUGGAAUCAUUGUUCUCUCUUAUACAUCAUAAGGACUGAAAACAAUUGAGAAAUGGAAAAUUUUGUUUCUUUGCUUUCAGAUGUACAAAAGCUAUCUGGCUAAUCUCAUGUAUUUAUUGAUUAAAUAUAAUAAUUAAGAAUUAUUUUUAGUUUUCUGCAGACUUAGUGUCCUAUAAUCUUUGUGUGAAAAGAAACAUUUCAAUGAUUACUUUUUGUGCUUUUUGCUUCUCCUCUUGAUGGUUAUAGGCCUCAGAACUGAUUGUGAAGUAUGAUGAACACAACUUAUCCCACGCCUUCAAGUUUGGAGUGAUUUAUCAGAAAAAGGGCCAGGUAAUAUUACAAUUACAAAAAGUUCAGACAGAAAACAAAUACAAUAAACUUGUUGUAAUUUUGACACACAGCCUGUUAGCUCAAAAUGAAAUCAGCCUAGUUUGAAUUUCAGUUUUAUUGGUCCCCUCACCCUAAUUAUUCAUGAUUAUGAAUAAUUAUACGAAAAAAGGAAAUUGGUUGCAUUACAUGAUCAUUAAUAAUCUUGAAUAAUAAAAGCACUUAUAGGAGACAGUAAAAAAUCAAACUACUUGGUUAAAACCAUUUUCUAACCCAUGAAUUCCAUUUUGAAUGGUAUUGUAGAUGAAUAAGUUGGUAAAUUUUCCAGGGUUGUAUUUCUGUUUCGCUAGACAGGCAUUAGUUAUGAUUGGUUGAUGGUAUUCAAAGCAACCAUUAACCGAUCUUUAGUAAAACUUGUCCACCAAAACGAAAUUAUUGUGCCAAAAGCACCCAUUACUCUUAAAUUUUCUAGAGUGGGGAAUUAGCAUUUUGUAAAGUAGGCUCUUUGUUUUGAUUGCAGACAACAGAAGAAGAAUAUUUCUGUAACCGAACUCACAGUGCUGGCAUGAAUGAGUUUCUAGAGAUGAUGGGUGACCGGGUCACCCUCCAGAAUUUCAAAGGGUAAGCUUUUAUAUAAUAGUUAUAUUAAGUGCAAAGCCUGUAAUUAUCCAUCACACCCCACCCCACCCACCCCACCCUUCCCCUCGUGACCUCAGAAAGGUUGUUGGAUAUUCUAAGAAGAGAGGUUGGUGAGGGGGAGGGGGUAAACUGCCAAAUUGGAAUUGUAUUUUUCAAAAUACUAGGAAACAAAUGGCAUCAUUGAAAAGUACUUAUUGUGAGCUUCUGAACUUAAUGGUGACGUUCACAGAUCUGCGGAUUUUUUCUCCAAACGUUUUAUCGAGCAGUCCAUUGUCCUCGUUCUCCAUAAGAAAGUGAUAAUUUAUACCAUAAUUUCUCUCUUUCAGGUUUAAUGGUGGCUUAGAUGUAAAGCAUGGUCAAACAGGGGAGACAUCCAUUCAUUCAGUCUUCGAUUCCAAGUAUGAAAGUGAUAAGCUCUUUAGCCAGUUGUUUUAAAUGAAUGUCUAUUUGAUCUUGUCAUAAAGAAAAGAUCUUGAAUCCAAAGAGAAAAUCUCAUAAUUUUUACAAAUAUCUUUUCAAACAUGAUGUUUGCCUAUAAAUAGAAUUUAACUUGCCAGAGAAUGUAUAAUUCACGGUGCAGUUGCUUCAAGUAUCUUUAAGUUAAACAUGCAAUUAUCUGUGAAAUAGUCAUGUGCUUAGUGUUAAUACAUAGCUACAACCAGUUUAGAUAAUUAUUUCAAUGUUGCAUUUUUGUUUUCUAGUGUUUUUUUAAUUUACUCACAGAGAUUGUUUUUCUCACUUUAUUGGUUAUAUUUUCCUUAUGUAUGUUGACUGUUGUUUUUUGUUUGUCCUCAGGGAAAUUAUGUUCCACGUUUCCACCCUUCUACCAUUUAGUAAUGGUGAUAGUCAACAGGUAAUAAUGGACGUUACAGUGCCGUCUCUAAGAAACGGGGUCAGGGGUUUCCCCGGCUACUAUAACCAUGACCCCCCGGCUACUUUCAAGCAAGUCUGUGACUGAGGAAAAUCAAAGAACAUUUCCAUUGAUCUGUUCAACACGCCCCCCUGCAAAGUGGCCAAAGCCACAAUACAACAAAGUUUCAAUGUGUGAUGUUGACUGUGUAGCAGCUGCUUGAAGGAGAAGUCACCAAUGGUGCCUAACCCUGACCCCAAACAGUACUGAAACAAUUGAAAGAAUGACAUGUCAUUGUUUUCUGCAACCAAUCAGGAGAGACCUUACGACGCAGCUCCUACACAACUGCCUGAAAGUUCUGCCAAGUAGGUUUAAUUUCAAUGGUGACACCAAAGGAUUUUGUCCACGUUUUAAAAGUCAGAACUACAAAACUUAAUCAUUCACUGCGACCGAAAGGAUUGAGAGAGUGUUGAAUUGCCAGAUAGGUUGUAUAACUACAAACUCUCGUCUAAAUAGAAAGUAUUUGGUUACGUUUGUAUUACGAGUGUCCUUCACAAUGUACAGUGUAUCUUAACCAAUUUUUUUGUACAAAUUGUAGGUGCAAAGAAAGAGGCACAUUGGCAAUGAUAUUGUUGCAAUUGUUUUCCAAGUAAGUAACAGCACAGCUUCCGAUCGUAUUAAACCCCUAUACCCCAAUAUAAACACCUACAUAUUUUUUUUUUUUACUUGCCUCCAUAAAUUUCUUAUAGCGUAAGCUACUUUAGGAGAAGUUGUUAAAAGAUCAACACAAAAGUUUUGGGUUGUUAUUGGCUUAAAUCUCAUGACUUUAUUUCUUGAUUAUGCCGUGAUUUUGUGAAGAGAAUUUAAUAACCGUCACUACUGGGGCUACGUGUUUGUGAUCACGGUGGGAAAAUGUUUAGACGGAUCAUUGUGAUAGUUACAGUAUUUAAAGGGGACGCGUUGCAGGGUCGCCUUGUGGCUGCCUAGCUCAGUUUGUUAGUAUUGCCAAUUACGUGUCCUUACCCUACAGAACUUCAAGUUAAAGAAGAAAUUACUUGUAAAUGACAGCAUCACAGCUUUGUCUCAAAAAAAAUGUCUCUAGCAGUAUAUCAAACGUUCCAAACAACAAAAAUGAACUUUGAAUGUCAGGUUAAGAAGUUUUCAAACAUCAAAAUUGCGGGCCGUUUGAUCUUCUUCAAGUUUUUCCACCCGUGCCUUAUAGCGGUUAUUUUUGUGUUUUGCUCAAUACGCCAUUUCCGAGUUGCAAAAACUCUCACCUGACUUUAGUAAAAAGAGGCUAAGAGCAAAACCUUUCUUCUGAAUAUGAGUUUUAUUUGCAUGAGAAUUUUCAUAUCAAUGGCCUCGCAGUUAGCCUCGCUUUGAAACAGAGACUUGGGACAACUCGGGAAUGGACUAUUCGGCGACAGUUUCUUCUGUUUGAAUUUUGGUGAAUUCUAACUCAGCUCCUUUAAAGAAACAGAGAAGCCCACAUUUUAGUUAUUCCUUACUGAAUUUACAUUGAUUCCAGUUGUCAGAUUUCAAAUCAUGCUUCUGAUUUAUUUCAGGAUGAAAACACCCCGUUUUCUCCGGUUUCUAUCCGAUCCCAUUUUUUACACGUGUUUAUAGUGGUUCAAGUUGAAGAGCCAAAUACAAGUAACACAAGAUACAAGGUACAGAGUGAAUAAUAACAGAAAUUAUCGCGACACUUAACACCAGUUCUGUCACUGACAACACUUUUUUGGAUUUUAUUUCAGGUCUCUGUGACUGCCCGCGAAGAUGUUCCACAUUUUGGACCCAAACUCCCUAAUCCUGCCGUCUUUAAAAAGGUGUGUGCUCAUGUGAUCUCAUUUCGUUGUACCUUAAAGUUAACGUAACUACUGUCCACCAACAAAAGAGAUUUUUGUGCUUAUUAAUUUUCUUGGAAUAAAUUUUUUUAUUUAUUUAUUUAUUUUUUGCCCCUUUUUCCAGUGUGAUGUUUCGUUGCUACUUCGCUGCUAUGUUUCGCUGCUACUUUUUGUCUUAACAAAAUUACACUUGUCGACUUUAUUAACGCGAUUUCCUUCGAGAGUCAUGCACUUACUGACUAUUCCUUUAUACUCUUCUUGGUGUUUUCGUCUUCGUGGUAAAUGAAAUUCCUUGAAAUAAAACAAAACCUGAAUCAUUUGACCGUGAUGUAAUUUUAGCGGAGCUCUCUCGCGCGCGAAGCACGCGACGCAGAGAACCAUGGUUAACCAAAAAAUGGGGUUACCUAUGCAUCCGAAAAAUUUUAGUAAUCACGUGAACGUUCGUCCACCCUCCUGCGAGUCCUUUCGCACCACAGGAAUACCAAUCUAAAAUAACUCAAUCAACACGUAUGGCAAGACAAAUGGUACUCGAGGUUUUUGGCGCGAAAUUGCGUGGCCACCCGGACUUUUAGGGAGAAAAAACAACAACAGUGCCGAGUUUUUUUCGACGAAGUUUUACUGUCUACACUGGCGUGGAUAACAGAGAAAAACCAGAGCGAGAGAUAACAGACAAAGGAGACGAAUUUUGUUGGAAAAACAACAUGAAAAUUUUAUAUCGGCGGUGAGAAAAUGAGAAAUGCUAGCGGUCAGCAAGGAGAAACCAGCUAGGUAAAAAUGAUUAGCAGUGAAAAAAAAAAGUGAACAAGAGCACAAGCAACAAAAUCUUUGGUGAGCACAUACGACCACACGACAUUUUAUUUUCAUGAAGUGUGUAACUAGAAAGUGUCACGUCGUGGUCGUACAAGACAACGGCAAAGAAAUGUUCAAAAAAGUGUGCUGCUCCUGCAAAGUUGUGUUUUUGUUGAUAAUUUGACUAUUAAUUUUUUUGGCCAGAUCUCGUUGCCAUCACCGUUUAGCAUUGCUCGAUUUUAUUUUUUGUUUGAGUAAAUUAUAAGUAUAUUAACGAGAGCUUCGCUCUUAACCCUGGCUAAAUCUAUAUGUUAUUAUGGACAAGAAGGUAAUUAGCCCAGGUAGAAAGGAGUCUUCAUCCGACAAUAAUCAGAACUAUCAUCUUUGAUGCGUUUAAACCUUGUGUUUCUUUAAGGGCCCCGAGUUCCGCAAGUUUCUAUUAACGAAGCUAAUCAAUGCAGAGUUAGCUGCUUACAACAGUGCCAAGUUUACUGAAUUAAGGGUGAGUACAAAUCUGCUAUAGUUUAUUUGUUAACAUCGAUUAAAAGCCUCUCCCGACCGAAGCAUCAUGCAGGAUUAUUACGUCCAUGGGUACAGCUUUACGUCCGUAAUCCUAAAUAUUAGAACCUCUAGGUACAGUUUUGCGCCAAUCGCUAACCUUAUUGCGUACCGUACCAAACGGUUUGCAAAAAUUGCGACCUAAGUUUAGAACUCAUGCGCCAACCUUCGUAACUCAAUUGUUCGGUUUAUGUUUCAGGAUCGAACGCGCUCCAGUUUACUGCGAGGCUUGGCAAGUGAUUUACUAGAAAAGAACGCCCUUAUACUUGACGCAGGUUACGAGGAGGUACUUAAAUUGAUAGUUUUUCGGUUUUUGUUACAUUACUGCGUUUUCUUUUGUGGAAAACCUGAGAUCUAUGAAGUCACUUUUACACAAAACAAUUCACUUUGUAAAAGUCGCUGUGUUUUUUGUUGCACCAGGUUGCGCCAAAGAACCGCGGUCAACUUUUCAAAACAAUUCGAACGGCGUGGCGGGGCAGAAGCCCCAUGAAUCGCACAAUGUCCAUGAGAGAAACACACACAACAGCUGAUGAUCCGGAUUCUGAUGACAGUCUUCCUAAAUCCUGGGCAAAGAAGGUGAGCGGGUAAAGAUUAACUUUACAAUCCGAGGGAGUUCUCAGUUCAGUUCUCAGUUCGAGUCUUAGGGCAAAAUCCUAUGGUGUUACCAUUCAAAUGAAACCCCUUAAGCGGUACUGUCACAUAAUACUAUUUAUUUAGUAUGUAGUUCUAACUUUUGAGUCUGUGGAUGAAAUCCUAUGGUGUUACCAUUCAAAUGAAACGCCUUUAGCAGUACUUUCACAUGGUACUGUUUAUUUUGUAUGUAGUUCAAACUGUAUGUGGAUAAAAUCCUAUGGUGUUACCAUUCAAACGAAACCUCUCGUAUAGUUCUUUCACGUGGUACUAUUUAUUUUCAGUAUUUUAGAAAAUAAAAUGUGGAACUUCUUUCUUUAAUUUUAAGCUAAGGUGUGGUCUUGUAUAAUGUUAGACACCUUGCAUGACCCAGUUGUUCAAAAAGUGAAUACUAAAAACGUUGUAAAUUUUUCACCGAAAAAAUUGUAUACCGUCAUAUACAUCGCCUUCAGCAGUUUGAAAUAACACGUUGUUUCUGUUGUACAGGUCUAACCAGUUUGCGUUAAUUCAGCGCCCGAUUAGGCAUAUAAUUUUAAUUAACUUUCCCUUAGGCAAAGGAAAGAAGAAAAUCUGUUCAGAGUCUGUUGGCAGCCAAGAAAUCAUCGAAGCCUCAGAAAAAGUAAGUUUGAUAAUUGAAUUUGAUUUAGCUCGUCUACUUUCGCUUCUUCGACCCCAAAAGGAAACUUGACUGUAAGUUCCCACUUCGAAAAAUGUUUCAGAGCCGGAUUUGGAGCUCCUUUAGUGAGCAAAACACAGUGUACCACUGGGUACAAUUUUGUUGUUCUAGUCAGGGUUAAUAUAUUCCAGUUUUCUAGGGCUGAUUUGGACAGGCUGAUAUGAGAGCCAGAGUGGGCUAAAAGGGAUAUUUGAUGGCCUGUUUUGGUUCAAAUUGUGCUCAAAUGGCUUGGCGAGACACUAGGUCAUACUGCAGACCUAAAUAAGAACUUUUGGUGUUGAAACACGUUUUUUAGUGAACUUCGGACCAGAGUGGUCAAAGAUUUGGGGGGGAAAUGUCGGUCCAUUUUUUUCUUUGGUCACUCCAACCUGGUGGCGAUUCGUCUAAGAUUUGCCCCCUAAAGCGAUAUCACCCUAUGGUGUAGACACCUUGUUACACUUCCAACGAUUUCCUUAAGGUCAACGAUCAGAUUGAUUUAUAGAUAACCUUAUUCAGUUAUCAAACAAACUUGGUUUAUGGUCAUUGUUUUUAAACAUAGGCCUUCAGGCAUGGGUAUCCUUUUUCCGUGAAUGUAUUACACGCUGGGGUAGGAUCUUUGGUUCCGAUGGGAAAAUAUAUAGCGAUCAAUGACCUCACAGCCACAGGAGAAGAAUAUCGAGGCACUUUCGUAUACGACCGAUCCAGGCGGAAAUUCCGUGCAGGAAUCCAAUUGGAACCUAAAUUCCUGAAACGUGUGGAAAUUUUUUUUCCCGUUUGUUACGUUUUGGGAGAUAACCAGAUUGACCGAAUAUUGCGUUUCAACAAACAAAAUAAAAAUUUAGUUUAGUCUUCCCAUUUAAAAAUUUGUGUUCGUCAUAAGUAAGGCGAAUGAUGAAACAGUAAUUUUCUACCUAAUAGCAGCGCCACAAAUAUUCAAAAUGUGAGUUUAAUGUGUGAUAUUUUACGCCAUAAACUAUAUCGUUUGACGCUCAAUUCAAAAAGUUCUCGCCAUUGAAGCAUUUGAGAAAAGACAAUUGAAGUCGCUAGUGGACGAUGCAGUUUGUCGUGCGUUGAAGUCCUUCACAUAAGGUUACAAUGGCAAAUGUCACGUCAUCGAUGAGAAGAAGAGGGCAAUUCAACAACAUUAUACCCAAAAAAGUUGUAUGGGUACAACGUUGUUGAUUUGCUUAUCAAACCUGUCGCUUUGAUCUGUUUGAUCUGGAAUUUGGUCACCUCGCCACCCGGCAGACCUUCUCGCCAGAGAGACUAUCACCCUUCAACAUCCAAAAGGAAACAUCAAAGUGUUAUUGGUCGCAGGAUUAACAAUUGCGUUGAUUGUUCCAAAUCAGUGCAUUGUUGUCGUUGAAAGAACUUUGUAUUGUAUUUGUUACGGAAGAAAAGAGUUGACAUGAUCUCAACACGUCGUAACGAGAAAACCAGUAAAAUACAAAAAAAUAAUAAAUUCGCCUUUAUUUACCCUUGGUAGUAUUUAAAGCACCAAUGCUAGUGGGCCCGAGCAAAUACCUGAAACAAAUAAUUUAAAGCAUACAUAUUAAAUGGGGGAUAAGAAUCCCAACUGACCGGAGGCAAAACAAUUGGCUAUUUACAAGCGUGAUCGAGGAUUUGAACUCGGGACUACCGAGAACAAGUCGAGCUAGCUGUCAGGGGGGGGAUUUGAAUUCGUGAUCUCCGAAUUGCAAGUCCAGCGCUCUGACCGCUCGGCCACGCUGCCCCUCACUACUGAGUACAAGUGGGUUAAUGCUCAGUUUUGUCUGUGUUCUGUCUUUCAGGGAGAGCGCAGUCCGCUGUAAAAGUAUGGAGUCACUUACCCAAGAGCAGAACAAGAACAGUACGGUGUUUUACACUACAGCAGAAGAUUCCAGUUCAGAAUCCAACAUUUCCGAGUUGUCACGGAAUCGUGACGAGGAGACGACGUACUCAAGAAAGCAAGUGGCACGAUCUCGUACCCCAGAACCACGAAGAGAUAAGAACACCAGCGAUUUCACAACUUCGCCCCAGAUAUCACCGCGCUUGCGCAGACCCGUGGCACUUGCGCGGUCGGUGCCAGCGUUGGGUGAUCCAGAUCGUGGCCCGAGGUCUGCUUCUCGGGUCUCCGACUCUUCGGUCUCGUCUCGGGUGUCUUACGAGGGAAGUUCAGUUGUGGAAUACCAAGUUCGAUAUGUCGGAGGGUAUCGCUCGGGUUCCGAAGAUAACGCGGAUGAACCGAUAAGACUUUUACCGUACGAUAGAUCGCCGAUGCAUUCCCGAAGGGACAGUUUAGAAGCUCGACUAAGCGACGAUUAUUAUCAGGUAAACUCGAGUGCUUCAGAAUACUCCAUAUCGUACACGGAGUCACCGCGCAGAUCUCGAGAUGAGAGAGUGGAGUCUCCUGUGAUCUUUAGUAGAUCACCAACCAGCUCACCGCAUCUCCGUCGAAAAGCUGUGAAUGCUCAGAGCAGUCCCAAGCACCCCUCCUUCGCCGACUCGCCUCCAGUCCCUGCGCAGAAACAAAAGAAAACUGCCAUUGUUUCUCCUUUGUUGGAUAUUGCGGAUUCCAGGCCCCGCUCUGUGCCACCAGGUGUUUUUGAUCCGUCUGAUCCAGAGUCCGAGAGAGUUGAGCAGGUUAGUUCGGCAGUCACGGGAUUUCAUGGGUCUAGAAGUUGAUUUCCAAAGUCGCUUAAUUUUUUCGUGCUAACGCGCGUAAAUGAAAAUAGAGGCAAUGUAUGAAAGGUCACGCGUAAACGGAAAAGUUGAGCGAGGUUCAACUUUUACGUGAACGCGUGACCUUCCAUACAUUGUCUUUAUUCUAUUUACGCGCGUAAACUUUACUUAAGUACGCACGUCAAAUAUACGCGACAGUGGUAAUCACCUUAACUUUUUGAAGCCACCAAGUUUGAUACCCUUAGCAAAAAGAGAGAUGGUACUAAAACGAGAAAACGAAAAAUGGGAACAUGACGUAACUUACCCUCACCCUAUCAGUAACUUCAUUACCAAUUUUCCCUUUUCCCACUCUUCGCUUCCCGUUCCCGUGUUGUCAGACCCCAAUUUUUUUUUUUUUUUAUCAUAUCCUUGCCAGUCAAAUCAGACUACUUCAGCGUACGUUUAUUCGUUUCACUUAAUAUAAACGGUAAGAUACAACUGGAGAUUUUUUUUCUCUGAUUUGUAGUAUUCGCCUUCCGUGAAAUUUAAAAAGUUGACCCUUAGCCAAAUUUUUUUUGUGCUUGCGUCUUCGUUCAUAAAUUUCAAAUUCUGUCUCCAAAAAAUAUUUAAAAAUUGACGGUAACGCCGCUGACAAGUAAGGCCCAAGUGACUAAGUUGACUUGUUGAAAAGUAAAGUAGGUGAACAACGAUGAAAGGUUUUAGCCAUUCAAAAGCGUGCAAAUGGUGAAGGAAUUUAUUUUCGUCGCACUAUGUUUAGAGUGACUUGGCUCAUUUGAGAAAUAUUUAUAUAAAAAAAAUGUGUGGUAGCAUUAUACCUGUUCUGCAGUAAAUCUCUCUUUUUCAUGUGCUUGAUAACCAUAGUAAAUUGUUAAAUCGUUUCUUCAGGUGUUUUUGGAAAGAUCAUCGUCUCUUCCCAAAUUAGAUAGUGACAGUCUGUUAUCGACUGAGGAUUUAUCUUCCAGUGGUGAGUACUUGACAUUUAUCAAUAAUUAUUCCAUCUCACUUGACAGCAGGAUAGUUAGCUCAGUCAGUAAAGCGUUGGUCUGUGCAACGGAAUGUCGCGGGUUCCAUUCCCGGGCCGGACUGUGGAAGAAGGUACUGUCUGUGCCCUGUAAACCGGUAGACAUUCCGGAAUGGCUCGUAUAGAUACCUUGAAAAGUCGGUCUCGUCUCCAAAAGAUUGUGUCCUCAGUUAGUUCUUGCGUGCUAAAUAUUUGGACCCUUGAAACUGAUUAAGAAGGUUUUGCAGUUUUUUAAGACGGACAGACCUGUAUUGUAAUGCCCACAAUAUUAUGUAGCCUUAGAAUUCGGAAUUCUGUGUUUGAUUAAUCCUUGUACAAUCCCUUUUGUACGGGUCAGUGAUAAUAAUUUCUUGUUAAUAAACUUAAUCGUUUUUGCUCAAAUGUUAUGACAGAAACAAAUAAUUUAAGUAACCUUUGCGCCGGCACGAAAAACAUCCCGGAUGGGGCUUCUCUUCCUACAUACCAACGGUGAUCUCCGCGCCCAUCUGAAAGUCUUUCGUCGCAGUGUGAAAUGAGUAGGAGUGAGGACUGGAACCCAGUCGAGGGAAGUAAAUAUUCAGAGUUGAGGAUUAGGAUCUAGUGUACCAAACCCUCUCGGCCAACUGCUCCGGUGACGAUGUUCCAUGUGUGCGAACGACGUGCUCCAGUUCAUUAUCAUUGCCCUUUUAAUUCAUGUUUUUUGAAUAUGUUAUAGCUUUAGUAUGCUAAAACGUUCUUAACAUUUUCUUUUGUUUGUCGUUUCUUUUUAGAAUCUUUCUCCAGGCAAAUCGAAAUGUUUAAAAACGAGAUCGCUAGACUGAAAUGCGAGAAACUCGACCUGGUCCGGCAAAACGCGGUAAGUAUAAAUCUCCCAUAGUGUUAAAAUUCUCUGUUUUUGCAUUGCCAUCAUGCCAUUUUUCUUUGCUCCCCGACGCCGUCGUCGUUGCUAAAGCUCCACGCUCCCUCGAGUAAAAUUUCACUCCCUGCGCAUCUAAUUUGACUUUUUGAUAAGAAUUUGGGAAAUUUUCGUCAAAAUCGCCUCCUUUCAUAGGACCUCUUUUGACAAACUUUGGGAACUUUUCGCCCAAUUCCAUUGUGACCGAGUUUAACCUGACUAAAGGCUUGUGUUUUUCUUUAGUUAUUACAGCGUCAAAACCGUGACAUACAGGACCGUGCCAUGCAGCAAACAGUGGACCUGUACGAAUCUCGAUGUGAAAUCGCUCGACUGAGGUCUCUGCUCCCCAGUGAAAAUAUCCCGCCGAGGGGCCCCUCCCGUAGAGAAACGGUAACAGUGCGUGAGGCAAGUAUGGCUACCCCUAAAGGGAAUCCUUCUCGUAGAGACUUCGUAGGUGGAGUUUAUGUGAGAGAAGGAGAUGAAACGGGAAGUUCAAGGUUAUCCAAUCGAUUUACACAGCUCUAAAGCUCCAGAAUGUUAAUAGAAACAGAUAGUAAAUAGCGUCUAUAUUACAUAGUUAAGUCAAGUGGAAACAUUCUUUUUGGCAAAUCCAACUCCGUGUUAACUUUUCUUUCGUAUGUAUUCCAUCUCCACAUUGGCAGUGGCGCUCUUUUUAUUCGCUUAGUUCAGGGGUGUGUACAUUCAUAACCCUUUCAGUCCCAGAAGUGGCCAAAGUCAAAAGUAAACAUUUCCCAGUUUCGCUCACUGAAAUAUUGAAAAACAAAUACUGUAGCACCAUGUGAAAGGUCACACCAUAAAAUUCCAUCCACGGACUCAAAAGUUAGAAUAACAGACUAAGUAAAUAGUACCGUGUGAAAGUGCCGCUGAAGAGGUUUCAUUUGAAUGUUAACACCAUAUGAUUUUAUUCACAGACUCAGUAGUUAGAACUACCUUAUAUAACUUUCACUCUCCUACUCUCGGAUUGAAAGAGACAAUAUGAGUCCCCUUUUGUGCCCGUUACAGAGACGUUUAUCGGAAAAUUGGUUAGCUGAAAGGAAUGUUACCUACAUAGUCUAACAAUAAAAAAGCCAAAAAUAUGUAUAUUUUUGAUAAAUAUAAAAUUAUUUCUUACACAACAAACCUGUCUCAGGUGAUUACAGAAAAACGAAUACUUAAAAUUAUAUGCUUGAAGUAGUUAACACAUUCAGUGAAUUUAUAUUAAAUUCACAGUUGCCCUUCGUUUCCAGGGCUUUCUACUACACGUCCCCAGGUGUUACAGUGAUAUGGCGAUCCUCGCGUUUUGGGUAUCUCCAUUCCCAAAACCCUAGUGACAUGGGCAUCCCCUUCUCAUAUUAUCUUAGCGAUUUGGGUUAGGGUCAGGGUUCUGGGGAUGCCCAUAUCACUAGGGUUUUGGGAAUGGGGAUGCCCAUAUCACUAUGACACCGGGGGACGAGUAGAACGGAACAUUGGGAACGAGGUUGAAUGGAAUUAGGAACAAUUUCAGUUUUCGGGAUCGCAAUGUUUGGUGUUUGGGAAUUACAAAACUUACCGUGCGAAUUGUUUAGUGCAGGGGUAUUUGUGAGGGUGAGGGGAUAGUAGCACCACACGGAUUAGAGCUAGUAAAAAAGACGAAAAAUCGAGGGGAAAGAAAACGCCAUUUGUCACUUUAGAAACGAGAAAAAACUGGACCGAGUUAACUUUCGCAAAGACUUCUGGGACUGUUACUAGAGAAUGGCCAAUAGCUGACCAGUGCGUCCCCAGUAACAAUCCCAGAAACAAUUGCGGGAAACGUUUCGGCUCCAGUUCCCUACUCGUUUGUAAAGUGGCGAAUGUUACCUCUUUCCAUUUAUAUUGUGGUGUAUAUCAGCUAUAAGAAAAAGAAAGCCAAAAUUCGGUCACUUUCCAUAAUUGGCGUUUGUGUUAAGGGGUAACCUCGUUGCAAGAGAAGAUUUUCGUUAAGAUCUUCCUUUUGUCAAGUUCUUGAUAGUUCGCUCUUGUUGUUCCAUUUUUUCAUUUUUAUAUGGUUUAUUCUACUGCAGGCGUGAUAAUUGGACGUUGCGUUAUCGUAUCUUUCUUUUUUAAGAAAAGACAUGUUUUUGCCGGUGCAGUUUUAUAUUUGACCAUAAGUCUUCGCGUCAUUGUUCUUGUUAAAUAGCUUGUAUAUAUUUAGCAUAAUGUUUGAAGAUAAAACAAAGAAAAAACACACAGCCCCUUCCAUAUUGAGAUAUCUGUUCCUCUUUGAGUUUACGAUGUAAUUUGAAUGAUCUAUUUCCGAUAAUUGUUGUAGUUAGAAACACGAGUAAAAUUCCCUUAUUUCAUUUAUUUUUAUUUAUUUAUUUUUGACUAAAUAGACGAAUUUGGUUAGUAUUUUCUCAUACACAAAUCUAAGGUUUAGAGCUGCCUGGAAGUUACGGCUGAAGCAUCAUAUCUGUGACAAGAGAUAUUUGAACUUGUCCCUCGUUGACAUAUAACGGGAUGAAUUUAGGUUUCUGUGAAACUACCCACCUACUCCUCCCCUAAGCCAGCAUUAACACUUACUUCUCACUUAAGGCAAAAUGUUGGCUUAGGGGAGGGGUAAGUGGGCAGUUUCCCAGAAACGUAUAAUGAUCCUAAAAUUCUGCACCUUAACUCUUCAAGCCCUAAGAAUAAACUGUAUCUGUUUUCUCCUUAACAUAUCAAUGCAAGAUAGGUUUCGAGUAAACAACUUCUCCACAAUAGGACGACAGAAGUUGUAUAGAAAACAGUGUGAAAAAUUUGUACGUUGAUAGUAGGGUUUAUAAAGGGUUGAAAUUUUAAUAGCUUAACUUUUUCAUAGCCCACUGUUUACAACGAUUAUCAUUUUGGAAUGCCUAUUAUCAGUUUCCUGGGCCGGGUAGAACAUUUUGAUAUGAUCCUGCCUUGUACACAAUUAUACA